ACAAAAGGCCAAACGCGACAGGUGAAACACUUGGAUGUUGCUGCCACUUUUCAACAGACCGCACCGUAGCCAACCUCGGAGCACACCCCCCCGCUCCUCACUCCCCGUUCUCACGUCUUUCUCCUUUCGUUGCGUGCGUAUUACUUCCUUCCACACUUCCUCCUCCUGCCCCGCAUCAACCCAGAUUCCUUCCAACGGUGCGCGCAGCAACUCGGCAGCUUCAUCGAAGAGUACGAGAAAGGUUGUGGCGGGGGAACAUGGCAUGGGCGCGGCGACCAGCCGGGCACCGCCGGUUGAUGGACACGGCCCCUGCGCCGGCAGGCGACGGGGCAGGGCACGGCUCGAGCCCGGACGCGAUGCGGAUAAUGGUGGGCGUGCUGGUGACGGUCAUCGUCUGCACGCUGUUCUACUGCGUCUACUGCUGGAGGUGGCGGAAGCGCAACGCCAUCCGGAGAUCCUUGAUCGAGAGCCUGUGGCCGCGGUCGAGCUCGGAUCUGCCUCUCAUGGACCUCGCCUCCAUUCUCGCCGCCACCGACAACUUCUCCAAGGCCAACAAGCUCGGCGAGGGCGGCUUUGGCCCGGUCUACAAAGGCGUGCUGAGCGGCGGCGCGGAGAUCGCGGUGAAGCGUCUGUCUGCGCGGUCCCGGCAGGGCGCGGCGGAGUUCCGGAACGAGGUGGAGCUGAUCGCCAAGCUGCAGCACCGCAACCUGGUGCGCCUGCUGGGCUGGUGCGCCGAGCGCGACGAGAAGCUGCUCGUCUACGAGUACCUCCCCAACCGCAGCCUCGACGCCUUCCUCUUCGAUGCGAGCAAGAGCGCGCAGCUGGGCUGGAGCACGCGGCACAACAUCAUCGUCGGCAUCGCCCGCGGCAUGCUCUACCUCCAUGAGGACUCGCUCCUCAAGGUCGUCCACCGGGACCUCAAGGCCAGCAACGUGCUCCUCGACAACAAGAUGAGCCCCAAGAUCUCCGACUUCGGCAUGGCCAAGAUCUUCGAGGAUGAGUCCGACGGGAUCAACACGGGCCGCGUUGUUGGAACCUAUGGGUACAUGGCGCCAGAGUUCGCGUUGGAGGGCAUCUUCUCGGUGAAGUCGGACGUCUUCAGCUUUGGUGUCCUCCUGCUAGAGAUCUUAAGCGGGCAGCGGAAUGGCGCGUUGUACCUUGAGGAGCACCAGCAGUCCCUCAUCCAAGAUGCAUGGAAGCUCUGGACUGAAGAUCACGCAGCCGAGUUCAUGGACCUGUCGCUUGGGCGAUCAUACAUCAAGGAGGAGGCGUGGCGAUGCUACCACGUCGGCCUGAUCUGCGUGCAGGAGAACCCGGACGUCCGGCCCACCAUGUCCAACGUCCUGCUGAUGCUCAUCAGCGACCACAUGAAGCUCCCUGAACCAGCCAGGCCACCGUUGUUCACACGGCUGAGGAACAUCCCGUUGUCGGCGCAGCCACUCACGACCAGGACAGAGUCGACGGCAUCUCCUCAGUCGAUUAAUGAUGUCUCCAUCACUAUGAUCGAACCGCGAUGAGAUUUUUCGAUUUUGGUCACUCCUGUCUGCGAGGUGUCGUAUGUACAUAGUAAGUUUUCUCGAGGCCGUUGAUGGCAUAUGUAGCUCUGAAAAUACAUGAUACAGCGUAGAUGGUGAGAAAAGGAUCCAUGGGAAACUGAUAGAGCUUUCAAGUGUAGCCAAAGGUCCGUUUCAUUCAUUCUUUUGGGACGAGCAUCGUGUAAGGUCCUUUGUGUUUUAUUUUGAGUCUCCUCUUUCAAAUAAAAAAAGGAAACAAGUGUGAGUUUCACUGAAUUCUUAAAAUUA